CAGGCAUAGAGAGGGGGCAGCCUGACCUUGGAAGUGGGGCAGGGGGCCUGCCACGGGUCCUUCCGAGGGUGACAUUCAGCCGGCGGUGCGAGGAGACGGACCUUCCACCCUACACCAUGGCCAAGUUCGUCCGUAACUUCGCGGAGAAGGCCCCGGCGCUAGUAAGCGCUGCCGUGACUUACUCCAAGCCUCGAUUGGCCACAUUUUGGUACUACGCCAGGGUUGAACUGGUUCCCCCAACCCCUGCUGAACUCCCUGCAGCUAUUCAGAGUGCAAAAAAAAUAAUUCAAAGUGCUAAAACUGGUAGCUUCAAACAGCUUACAGUUAAGGAAGCUGUGCUAAAUGGUUUGGUCGCUACAGAGGUGUGGAUGUGGUUUUAUAUCGGAGAGAUCAUAGGCAAACGUGGCAUCGUUGGCUAUGAUGUUUGAAGACUGAUCUUUAACAUCUGAUUUUGAGUUUUUACUUGAAUGUUCUUGAACCACAUGUAAUGAGACUGAAUAAAAUACUAGCUGUCGAA